AAGUCUGUCAGUUCAUCUAUGCAUUGCAGUGGAAUUUCUUCAUUUGUUCUGCAGAGAUGAGGAAUAUGACAUUAUCCAAGAAAACGUCAAACCAGGACACCUAGCGGACUAAGGAUUUCUGUUGGAGAAAUCUUUUUUCCUCUCUGGAAAUAUAUAUAAAUACUUAUAUAUACAUACAUAAGAAUACCAUUAUUCUAGUGCCUCGCUGUGGUUGGAAUUUGGCAGCUGGAAGAUAUGUCCAUUGCACUCAAGCAAGUUUUUAAUAAGGACAAGACAUUCCGUCCCAAACGGAAAUUUGAACCUGGGACCCAGAGGUUUGAGCUUCACAAACGAGCGCAAGCUUCACUCAAUUCUGGAGUGGACCUGAAGGCAGCUGUGCAGCUGCCCACUGGAGAAGAUCUAAACGAUUGGGUUGCUGUUCACGUAGUUGACUUUUUCAAUAGGAUCAACCUAAUUUAUGGAACUAUCUGUGAGUUUUGCACAGAGAGAACCUGCCCUAUGAUGUCAGGUGGGCCUAAGUAUGAAUACCGGUGGCAGGAUGAUCUAAAGUACAAGAAACCUACACCAUUACCAGCACCCCAGUAUAUGAAUCUUUUGAUGGACUGGAUUGAGGUGCAAAUCAACAAUGAGGACAUAUUUCCAACUAGUGUAGGUGUACCAUUCCCCAAAAACUUCCUCCAGAUCUGCAAAAAGAUCCUGUGCAGGCUAUUUCGGGUGUUUGUACACGUUUACAUCCAUCACUUUGACCGCAUCAUAAUCAUGGGGGCUGAGGCCCACGUCAAUACCUGUUACAAGCACUUUUAUUAUUUUGUCACAGAGCUCAACCUCAUAGACCGUAAGGAACUAGAACCUUUGAAAGAGAUGACAACCCGGAUGUGUCAUUGAAAAACAGUAGCUGCUUGGAGGAAGGAGAAAGAAAAGAAGAAGCAAUAUCCUGCUAACUGAAGAAAAGCUAGAAGAUAUAUCAGUCCUGUGUAGGCCAGGGCUUGCCUUCUUAAUCUUAAACAGCAGGAAAGUUAGAAACAGAAGAUUAUUGCUUUCACACACACUUGGCACCAAUAAGUACAUUAACCACGCUGCUAGGUACUCCCCUGGAACAUUGUGGAUAAUAACCUGUAAAAGAAGAAGGAAAGAAAAAAGCUUCUUUUUUUUUUCUUGUGUAGACCCUAAGUGAUUGAGAAGGAGUUUGAAAUCAAUUCCAACUUCCUGUUCUUACAACUUUACUACAGUUGUGCUUUCUAACCUUCAUUUUGAUAAUGACCUUAAGUCACUAAACUGUGAUAGUAUAGAGGCAGCCUCUAUGAAAAGCCUUAGCGAUAGCAUGUUCCUUUUCACUUCUUCAAAUAGGGAUAGGAAAUAAGUCACUUGGCACUUAAAAAUGUGGAAUGUGUAUUUGACCAAGGCCUGAAAUUCUAUUUUUAGAAUAUAGGGAGAGAAGAAGUUAAUGACCCAGUUGAAUGGACAAAAUGUUUUUUUCCAUUUAUAACUGGCAUGGCUGCUUACCCAGAUAGUAGCUUUUGAAACACUUCCAACCGUCCAUGUGCAUCCCAUUGGUUUUCUUUACAGCUGUCUACAUAAACCACUGUUAAGAGGUUAUCAAUUUGCAUCUUAGCAGCAAGAA